AUGAAAAAAUUAGAUGUUGCAGAACUGUAUCCUCCUUUUCCUUACAUCAGUGUUCCAGAUUUCCACACUGUCAAAAUCGAUUGGUAUGAGUGUUUGGAGGAACUGGAAGAGCAGGGCAUGAAUGUUGCAAUGGAACAGAUAGCGCAAAUCUUCGUCAUCGUUCCCUUUUUGCUAUUACUAUUUAGCAAUGCCAAGAUAGAGUUCACAGAUCAGAUGGAUUACACCCCUUUGAUGGCUGCUGUCAGUCGAAACAACAAGGUUAUCAUAAGAAUUCUUUUGAGCUAUGGAGCAAACGUCAACACAGCAAACAAGCUUGGUCGGACAGCUUUGAUGUUAGCUUCUAACAAAGGUUACAUUGACAUCGUUGACAUUUUGAUCAAGAAAGGUGCCAAUGUAAAUGCUAGGGAUAUCCAUGGAAUGACAGCUCUGUUCUACGCAGUGGAUGGUGAGUUUAGCAACGUGGUUCGAGCGCUAGUGCGCGCUGGAGCGGAUGUGAAUCACUGUGAGUCGGACAAUGGCUACACACCCCUCAUCCGCUUGGCCUGCCUAGCUAACAAUGGCAACCCCAAAGUUGGUGACACCCUCAUAGAGUGUGGGGCCAAAGUAAACCAGCAAGACAAAUUUGGACAAACGGCGUUGAUUCACUGUGCCUUCCAUCGAAAUCACGCGGAUUUAGCAAAAGUCCUUCUUCAACAUGGAGCCGAUCUUUCCAUUCGCAACAAUGUAAAGGAGAAGAAAAACACAGCUGCGGAUAUAGCUAAGUCACUGGAUAAUACGGUAAGUUUAAUAUGCAUUGGUUUAUUUAUUUAUUUAAUGUUUGGCUUUUUAGAAUUUUCUCCAUCUUGUAAAUUUGCACAGGAAAAGCGGGUAAAUUUUGAUUGCUGGUUCCCUUUGCGUUAA